CGGGCAUCAAUGGUAAUCGCGAGCCUACACCUGUGGUAGAGACAUCGACCGAACGAUCCACAAGCCACUGAGACCCCAUCAAUCAGCCAGCCGCACCUACGACCGGAAACUCUAGCACUGGAACAAACUAAACGAAAUGUUGCCCACACCCUCGGUGCAGUCCGCUAGCAAGACUUACGGAUCACAUUUGGUAUUGCUGGUGUUUAAAGGGCAUUCGGGUAGCUUACAUGCGUUAUGCUUGCAAUUCCGAAGUAGCCAGGGGUCAGGUAUUCCUUUGGAGAUUCACUCUCACUUCUUAGGCCACCGUCAAAGUUAGAAUAUUUUGUGACCUAGAUAAGGAUGUAUCACUCAUCGUGUCUCUUACUCUCUUCGGCUUUACAUUCAAAACGACAAUUGUCUUGUCGUCGUGCUCAAGAUUUACCAUUAUUGAAAAAAUUCAUUGAGAUGUGCACAUUUCUCGCAUCCGUCUUCAAGGCUGAAACUAUCCCCCAUAGCUCACCAGAAAUCCCCGCAUGGGCUUCCAACUUCUGGGCUGCCCAACAAGCUUCAGUAACCCCAUUCUGCAUCUUCCAACCCCGCAACGCCAAAGAAGUCGUCGUGGUAGUGCUCGUAUCUAGGAAGCUCGGAUGCUCGUUUGCGGUGAAAAGCGGAGGCCAUGCGGCCUUCGCAGGCGCUUCGAACGUUGACGGUGGCAUCACUAUCGACCUCGCCCGAUUGGACGCGAUUGAGAUCACCGAUGACAAGAAGAUCGCGAAGGUAGGCGCUGGGAAUACGUGGUAUCGUGUUUACACCUCCCUGGAAGCAGAUCAACUAGCAGUAAUUGGAGGGCGAGUGGCUGAUAUUGGAGUUGGUGGGUUUACGUUAGGAGGCGGCAUUUCUUUCUUCUCCGGCUCCCACGGCUGGGGCUGCGACAACGUCGCCAAUUACGAACUCGUCACCGCCGCCGGCUCCAUCCUCCAAGUCAACCAGAAGUUCUACCCGGAUCUCUACUGGGCUCUCCGCGGCGGCGGCAGCAACGUCGGCGUCGUAACACGCUUCGAUCUUGAGACCUUCCCGCAAGGUUCCAUCUGGGGCGGAAGCCGCGUGUACAACGCCACGACGUAUGGGUCCGAUCUCAUCAAAGCAUUCGUGGACUUCGGAAACAACCCAGACGAGCACGCGGCGACCUGGCUCUCCUUUGUCAAAUUCCAGGGUGCCACGGUUAUGAGUAUCUUACUUAUGCAUGCUACUCCUGCUCCAAAUCCCCCGGUCUUCAAUGCCUACAAAGCUAUCCCGAGCCUCACAGAUACGACUAAGAUCCGCACUCUAGCAGACCUGACCCUCGAAACAAACGCCAGUAACCCGAAAGGUCGGCGGCAGUCCUACUGGAUGCACACUUUCAAAUUCAAUGUCCAGCUUAUCGAGUUCAUGACGGAAACGUAUCUCGAAGAAGUCGUGCCCGUAGAGAGCGUGUCAGGGUUGGAGUACCCACUCGUUCUGCAGUUCAUCACGAAAGAGACGCUUGUGAAGAUGCAGCGGAAUGGCGGAAAUGCGACGCCUCUGCCCAAAAAUGCGGAUGAUGGCCCGUUCCUGAUUAUGCAGCUCUGUCCGAUGUGGCUGGCGCAGCAGGACGAUGAGGCGGUCAUUGGGUCGAUUGUGGGGAUUUUGGAUAAGGUAGUUGGAAGGGCCAAGGAGACGGGAAUGUAUCGGGACGCUGACCAGGAAGCAGACAUGAAUUAUGGGAGCGACUACCAAGACGUGCUGGGCAGUUAUGGUGAAGACAACUAUGAGAGAUUGGAGAAGAUCGCGAAGAGGCAUGAUCCAAUGGGUGUUUUUCAGACGCUGAAUAAGGGGUACUUCAAGUUUGGGGGACCGCCGAAGGGGAGUUCGACGUAG